UACAAUAAAAUCUCCUUAAAAUUACAUUUACAUUGUUUUGGAAAUAAAUGUACAUAUAAUAUGGAUUACUCUACUACCGUGGUGACAUCUGUGAAACCCGAUUCAAUUUUGUAAAGCUUAUAAUUUUGAAAGAAAUUAUUUAAUUUAAAUCAAAUACGCAUGUAAUUCUAGGACCAAAAGAUUGAAUAAUUACAAAAAACGUAUCAAAACAAUAUUUCGUUUUCGGAGUCUCACAGACGCUUUGCUAUGUACGUGACUAAAUUUCACCACGGUAGCAGAAGGUUAAAGUGCAAAACAUGUAUUGAUAAAAUAUGAUAAAAUUUUUAAUUCAUUAAAUAUGUUGCAAUGCUAUAUUUUUAAUUUCUCGUAACUUUUUCUGUCUUUUCAAUGCGUAAAUAAUUUUUAUGACUGUACGUUUAUAAAGUUUCUUUUUUGCAUUCCUAGCAAUUAUAAUCAAUUGAGAAUGGUAAUUUUAAUAUUAAUACAGCGUUGGUCAAAGUUUCCAGAUUUUUAUAUUUUAUUUAUAUGGAGAAGCAUGCGCGAUAAUUGUCUUACAUUAUCUGGUAGAAAGAACAGAAUGAUCAAACUUUUUCAUGUUAAUCUUCGACAUGAACAUUACGGCAUCAUCAAGAUAUAAAGGUAUGAUUUCUAUAUAUUAUUGAUUCCUAUUUAUUAUAUGUUCUAUAUAUCUAAUAAUUGAGUCAUUGUAAUUUGUAUUUAAAUCCGUUUUUGUCACUUCGUACACUUUUAUAUUUUUGAAAACAUCAACAAUUUAACAAGGAAAAUAUACGAACAAUAAGUAUUUCUGAAAUUCAUAUUUCGAUACGUUUCCGACGAAUGUAAUGUUUUCACUAAUGUUUGACACAAAGAUAUGUAUAUUGCUUCAAAUAUAACUUUUAAAAAUUACAUACAAUAAUGUCAUAUUAUCUUUUCCUUUGACUAUAACAUUUCUGAAUUCUCGUGCAGAACUCCAUUAAAAAUGCAAUUACAUCAUUUAUCGCUUCGAAGAAAACGCGGAUAUAAUGGAACUAUAGACGUUACAAAAAAAAAACUUAUUCCACAAGCUUAUGUACUGUGAUGCAAUAUUUUUUAUUUUUUGUCUUAUUAGAUAGAACUGGGUAUAAACGGUUUUUAUGGCUGCACAAUUAUUUCUGAAUUCAUCUGCUUGAUAUGUAGAAUUUUAUUGAAAUUGCUAUAACAUUGUUCACCACUUUGAAGAAUACGCGGACAUAGUAGAACUAUAGAAGGGUGCCAACAGCUGUAAUCAAUUGGGGAUAGCGUUUUCAAUAUUUAAUGCCGCAUUCAACAUACGUGUGGAGUUUUCGAUGAAGGGUGAAUGUCGCUUCACAUUUAUUACGAAAAGAGCGUGACAACUCUUCACAUUAAUUUUGACCAUGGACAUUACGGAAUCUUUAGGUUACAAAGAUUUCAUGUGGGCUGUUGAAAUACAUCGCUUAGGUUUGGAAAUAAUUGGCUUAUGGCCUAAAAAGGACAAAUUCAAUAACUUAUUACCGAAUCUUCGUGUAAGCAUUAUUUUAAUUUUAAUAAUAUUUGUUAUCAAUGUGCCAACUAUACAAGGGAUUUUGCAAGUUUGGGGCAAUAUGGUAUUGGUAGUAGACAAUUUACGUAUUGCACUACCUCCAUUAAUAGCAUCAUUGAAAUAUGUUAUUAUGCUGUGGAAACGAACAGUUCUUUUGUCGAUUAUAAACAUGAUGGCGGAAGAUUGGAUGGCAUUUAAGUCUAAUAUAGAGAGAACCGUGAUGAUAAAACAAGCACAAACUGCACGAUUAAUCAUGGUUGUUGGAUACGUUAUCGUGAUAAUAGGGCUUCUUACAGUUACUAUUCCCUCUCUUUUUGGCAUACAAAUAAUGUCAGGAUUGAAUCUCACGGAUCGGCAAAAGUCGUUACCAUUCUUAACAUAUCACUUUUAUGAUACAGAUAAGAGUCCGCAGUUUGAAUUAAUGUUUUGUAUUCAAACUAUAUCGUUCUCGUUUUUAGCUAUUGCAUAUAUGUCUACAGAUAUUUUUUUAGUGCUAAUAGUUCUUCACAUUUGUGGCCAAUUAGAAAACUUUAGAUGCCGCUUAAUUAAUUUGAUGUUAUACAAGAGUUUCAACAAAACUUUAAAUAACAUCGUAGCGUCACAUUUACGUAUAAUCAGAUUUGCGGAUAAUAUCGAAAAUACAUACUCUUUAAUGAUGUUAAUAAUGGUACUUCAUUUUAUUAUUGUAUUUUGUCUAACCGGGUUCUGUUUACUAAUAGAAAUGGAUGAAGUUGUUAUGUCAAAAAUCUACAUAUCAAUAAUGGCUAUUAUUACCUUAUUGAUGAAUACUUUUUUGUACUGUGGUGCAGGAGAAAUUAUAUCGGAGCAAUGCAAUACAGUAUAUCGUGCAAUGUGCAAUCUUGAAUGGUACAAACUGGAAUCAAGAAAGGCAAGAAAUCUUAUUUUAUUAAUGAUGCGAGCACGCCAUCCUUGUUGCAUUACUGCAGGAAAAAUUAUUCCAUUGACAAUGGCUACUUUUUGCAACGUGCUAAAAACUUCGACUGGAUAUAUAUCGUUUUUACUGGCAAAACGUAGUUAAAAAGCGAGAUAAUAUAUUAGCAUUUACGUAUCGCAGAGAAAUAAGUGUAUAUGCAAUUAAAUAGUUACGAGUAGACAACAAUACAUAUUGCAUUAACAAUUGUUGCAGAAAUGAAUUCUUUUUGCUUAUUAUUACGUUUGCUUUUUAUUGUAAAUUAAAUUAAGUAUUUUGUAA